CCCACUAGGGAAACUGCGCUAUGCCAACAACAGCAACUACAAAAAUGAUGUCAUGAUCAGAAAAGAGGCUUACGUUCAUAAGAGCGUGAUGGAGGAGCUGAAGAGAAUAAUUGAUGAUAGUGAAAUUACAAAAGAAGAUGAUGCUUUAUGGCCUCCUCCUGAUAGAGUUGGUCGCCAGGAGCUUGAAAUAGUAAUCGGUGAUGAGCACAUUUCUUUUACCACAUCAAAAAUCGGUUCACUCAUUGAUGUAAAUCAAUCCAAGGAUCCAGAAGGUUUGAGAGUGUUCUACUACCUGGUUCAGGACCUUAAGUGUCUAGUCUUCAGUCUUAUUGGACUACACUUCAAGAUUAAGCCAAUUUAAGUCGCACAAAUUGAAAUUUGUAUUGCAGUGUGUGUACAUGGGAAAUGCUGUUUCAAUUUCUUACUACUUCUACCGUGUAACUUUUAUGUAUGUUAGAAUUUUUUUAUAAACUUUAAGUGAAUGCCUCAAUAAAAGGGUAAGGUCUGUAUUUUUAAUUUAAAAGUUUUGGUGAUAAACUGACUUCCUAACACUUCUUUUGUUAUGGUAUUUAGGGUACAUUCUUUCAUUUUGAUCACACAAAGCCUUAUGUAAAAUACAUACUUCACUUUCUAUGUAGCACUAGAAAGUGGAGUUAAGCCUUGCCCCAUGAGGUUAAACUUCUGUCAGCUAUCAGGAUAAACUUGUGUUAUUGUCCUGAACUGGAUGUUCUGGUGGCCAGCUCAGAUAUUUAAAACAACUGAAGCCCUGUCUCUGUGAUAACUCACUACAGUUGAAGACCUAAAACUAACUUUAUAACAACCUGCUGCUGUGAGUACCCACUUGUCUUUAAGGUAGAUGUAGGCAAUAACCCACACAGGAGCCAUCCACAGUCUUCACUGAUAUUCCCAUUCAGUUUUUCUUUAAAAAGUCUUGAGGGG